AUGGUGUUGCCUCCACCGGACAAACGCCACGUGUGCCUGACCACCAUUGUCAUCAUGACCAGUAUGGCCUUCAUGGACGCCUACCUGGUGGAGCAGAACCAGGGCCCUAGGAAGAUUGGCGUGUGUAUCAUAGUGUUGGUGGGGGACGUGUGUUUCCUCAUCGUGUUGCGUUACGUUGCCGUGUGGGUGGGCGCCGAAGUUCGCACGGCCCGUCGAGGGUACGCCAUGAUCCUCUGGUUCCUCUACAUCUUUGUUCUGGAGAUCAAGCUCUACUUCGUCUUCCAGAAUUGCAAAGCUGACAGGAAGAGCCUGGAGACGGUGGCCAGGAAAGCCUUGACGUUACUGCUGUCGGUGUGUGUGCCGGGGCUCUACUUAGUGCUGGUGGCCCUGGAUAGUAUGGAGUACGUCAGAACGUUCCGGAAGAAGGAGGACAUGCGGGGUCGCCUGUUCUGGGUCGCUCUGGACCUGCUGGACCUGCUGGACAUCCAGGCCAACCUGUGGGAGCCCCAGCGGACAGGCUUGCCGAUCUGGGCCGAGGGCCUCAUGUUCUUCUACUGCUACAUCCUGUUGCUCAUCUUGCCCUGUGUGUCCCUCAGCGAGAUCAGCAUGCAGGGAGAACACGUCUCUCCCCAGAAGAUGAUGCUGUACCCGGUCCUGAGCUUGGUCACCAUCAACGUGGUCACCAUCCUCAUACGUGGCGUCAACAUGGUGCUGUUUCAGGACAGCCGCGUCUCCACCAUCUUUGUGGGGAAGAACGUGGUGGCCAUCGCCACCAAGGCCUCCACGUUCCUGGAGUACCGCAGGCAGGUGAAGGAGUUCCCCCACCCGCAGAAUGCCAUGGCCCUGGAGUUGCAGCAGAACUCGGUCAGCCACGCACAGCCCCUGCCCAACUCCACAAGCCUGCCCCACGAACCCUCGCCCGCGCAGGACGUCAUCGACACAUGA